AGGUUUAAAAUUUUAUAAAAUAAAAAAUAGAUAUUAAAAAAUUAAAAAUAAAAAUUUAAAAACAGUUUCAAAAAUUAGUUUUGAAUUAUAAAAAGAAAAUUUGAAAAAAUAAUUAUAAAAAAUUUCGAAUCUGAAAACAUAAAAUCUAAACUAUAAAAAAAAAUUAUUUUUUCAUUUUUUUAGAGAAAAUGACUAGGAUAACACUAAAAAAGUUUUUGUCACAAAUAUAGCCUCUAAAAAUAAAAUGACCAAAAUAACACUUAAUAUUUUAUCAAAAGAGAUAAAUUUACAUUUAUACCCCAAUGGUAAAUUAAUUUAGACAGGUUUAGGAUUUAUAGUUUAGGGUUGAGAGUUUAGGUUUUAGGGUUUAGAGUUGGGAAGUGGGGUUUUGGAAUAAGAUUUCAAAUUUUGAAAAAUAAAAAAAAAAUAAAUUUUUCAAAAAAUAAAAUGCUAUUUUGGUCAUUUUAGUUUUUGAGAGCUAUUUUUGUGACAUAAACUUAGAAAUAUGCUAUUUUGGAGAUUUGCCUUUUUUUAUUUUUAUUUUAUUUAUUUUUGUUUGUUUAUUUAAUUUUAAACCAAGGGUAUUAGAGAUAUUUUACCAUUUAAUGAAUGUUAUUUACUUAUUUUUGUAACUUUCUCCUUCUAGUACCAUUUUUGAGACAAAAAUUCAAAAUGUGCUAUUAUUGACAAUUGCCCCUAAAAAAAUUAUCUAAAUAAAACUUUUUUUCUUAAAAGAGUCUAAAUAAAACUUGUUUUAAUCAUUUAUCUCUUCAUUUUUUCAACUGAGAUUAUAUUAGUAGAGACGGAAAGAGAUUUUGAGUUAGUAAAAGAGUCGAUUGGUUGAAAACCCAAAAAGAAGUUCAUAAUUAGGUAAAUGCCAUAACAGUAAAAGUUUACAGUCUACAGCACUAAAUGAGGGUUUAAAAUUAUGUUAAUCUCCUUGAUAUUGUCUCCUUCUUCUCUUACUUUCUUUCUCUCUCUAUUUACAAAAAGCAAAAGAGAAACACUUUCCGACUCGCUUUGUUUCUGUCGUGACGAAAAAAAUUCCAGAAAUUUCAAUGGGUUGUUGUCAAUCCAUGGGUCCGGGCGAACACCAGCCGCUUGAGAAAGAUGGAGCUCAACCGACGCAAGUGACUGAAAACCACCACGGCGGCGCUACGACGGCUGAUAACAGCGGCGGAGAUGGUGGUGUAGCUGGAGGAGGAGGAGGAGGAGGAGGGAUCCCGUCUUUCUCUGCGUUCUCUUUCUCCGACCUCAAAGCAGCUACAAACAACUUCAGCUCCGACAACAUCGUGUCUGAAAGCGGCGAGAAAUCCCCAAAUCUGGUCUACAAAGGCCAACUUCAGAACCGCCGUUGGAUCGCCGUCAAGAAGUUCACUAAGAUGGUUUGGCCUGAUCCUAAACAAUUCGCGGAAGAAGCAUGGGGUGUUGGGAAAUUCAGACAGAACCGGUUGGCGAAUUUGAUUGGAUACUGUUGUGAUGGAGACGGUGGGAGAGAAUGUGUUGUGAAUCUUAACCGACGAUUUGUGUAUAGAACAGUGAAGUAAUUUAGGAUUUGUCUGUAUUGAGAUUUGCAGAGAAAUGGAGUUUGUGGAGAGAGAGAGAGAGAGAGAGAGAGAGAGAGAGAGUAGAGAGAGAGAGAGAGAGAGAGAGAGAGAGAGAGAGAGAGAGAGAGAGAGAGAGAGAGAGAGAGAGACGACACAAUAUGAAGUCUAUGAUAGGUAGAAGUAAUAGGGGUAGCAGAGACAUUAGAGAAAAUGUACAGUGUAUAACAGUGAUUUUUGGUAUAUCGCUAAUUAGGGGUGGGCACUUUACCCGAUAUCCGAAGUAGCACCCGAACCCGAUCCGAAAAACCCGAACCGAAAUCCGAACCGAAGUAGCAAAAUACCCGAACGGGUAUUGAAUUAGGAGAGAUUGGAUACCCGAAUCCGAAUGGAUAAUAUCCGAACCCGAAUGGAUAUCCGAAGAUAACCGAACAUAUGUAUAAUAACCUUAUAUUUCUAGUUUACAUCUCUUAUUUUAAUAAAUAUAUAUAUUAAUACUACACAUACUUUAAGUUCAUAUGAUAUACAUGCAAUUACUGAAAAAAUGAUUUGGUACUCACUUAAAAAACAUGUCAAGUUUUUUUAUUUCAAAAAUUAACAAAAAGUUACAUCCAAAUUUUAAAACAAUAACUAAAUUAAUGCAUUUUUAGUUUUAAAAUGUUAUGUCCAAAUCUAUUAACCAUUUAAUCUAUUAAAAAAAGUUAAGUAAAUUUAUAUUCUUAAAUACAAGAAAUUUAAAAAAUGAAAAAAUUUAAUUUUUUUUCAAAAUCUAAAUAUCUAAACCCGAUCCGAAAUAACCGAAACCGAACUAAAAAUACCCGAACCCGACCCGAAGUAUAGAAAUACCCGAACGGGUCCUACACCUCUAUACCGAAAUACCCAAAAAUCCGAAAUACCCGACCCGAACCCGAACGGAUACCUGAACGCCCACCCCUAUCGCUAAUUAUGCAUAAACGUGUAGGUAGGGAAUGCAAAAAAUUUUGAAUCUGAAAACAUAUAAUCUGCAAUUAUAAAAAAAUUUUCAUUUAUUUUAUUUUAUUUUAUUUAUUUUUGUUUGUUUAUUUAAUUUUAAACCAAGGGUAUUAGAGCUAUUUUACUCUUUAAUGAAUGUUAUUUUUGUGAUUUUCUCCUUCUAUUGCCAUUUUUGAAACAAAAACUGAAAAAGUACUAUUAUUGAUAAUUGCUCCUAAAAAAAUUUAUAUAAAUAAUUUUUUUUUUUUUGAAAAGAGUCUAAAUAAAACUUGUUUUAAUCAUUUAUCUCUUCAUUUUUUCAACUGAGAUUAUAUUAGUAGAGACGAAAAGAGAUUUUGAGUUAGUAAAAUGUCCUGUUCGAAAACGCGGCCAAGGCGCCCGAUUCCGCGGCGGAGAAGCAUUGGGCGUUCCCUUACCGUCUGGAUUAUAGGCUGUUCGGAAAAAAAAACUCGGAUCAUUGAGAAAAAUCAUCUUUUCUUUCAUUUUUAUGUAAUUUCACAUGUUUUUUUUUGUUCACAUAAUUUCACAUGUUAAUUGAUGAAUUUAUCGAUAAAAGAAGAAGAAAAUGAAUGACAAAAAACAAAAAAAAAGAAGAAGAAGAAAAUGAUGAAAACAAAUGAAAUCUGUAAAAAGAAUU